AUGGCAGCAAAUGCAGAGAAUGGGGGAGGAAGUAAUGGAACAUUGUCAAGACAUUUUCCGACCAGAGAAUAUGAUGCUCUUAAACAGCAAAUUGAAAAAACAAGUAAUGAAUUAAGUACAUCGAGAAGAAGAUGUGAUCAUGCACUGAGUGACUUAGAUUACUACCGUGAACAACACAGAGCUGUGAUGAAUCAGCUAGAAGUUUCCUCCCAAGAUUCGGCAUCCCUUCGAACGAAAUACGCAGAACUUUUAAAUGAAAACAAACAGUUGCAAUCUGAAAACCAAAGGCUCUGCAAAGACCUGUCGGAACGCGAGAGUCUGUUCCUAUCUCAUACGCAAGCGCUUUCUAAACUGGAAGGCGCCCAAGAUGAAAAUGCGAGAUUAAUGAGAGAAUGCGAAGUUCUCAGUCAAGACAGGUCUCAAUCUCAGAUGGAAGUUUCUGGAUUGAGGCAGCAGCUGGUUAAACUUUGCAAGGAUUAUGCGAAAUAUAGGGAAGCCCAUCAGAAAUUACAACAGCAGUACGAUGAAGCCGUUAAUGUCACUAUCAAAGCUAAUAAGGAUAUUAAGAGACUUACUGAUGAAAGAAAUGCUACUACUGCUGAGUAUACACUUAUCAUGAGUGAGCGGGAUACCGUCCACAAGGAAAUGGAAAAACUGAGUGAUGAUUUGGCUCAAUCAGUUAAAAAGAAUAAACUUCUCGAUAUAUCUAACAAAGAACUACAAGAGGAAAAAAGAAAUCUCACAUAUCAACUUGAAUCUCUAAGACGCGAAAUCGCUAGUGCCUUACACGAACGUGACAAAGCAAUAAAAGAAUGCAACGAUUUAAGAGAAAAAUUCGGCGAAUUCGGUGCUACUUCCGAGAAUGGAUUGCUCAUGUUAGGAGACCAAACUAAGAAGUCUCGAGGGCGCCUUAUAGAUAGCUUGGGUGCUCUCGGUGAUGGACAAGGUUGUAAAGAGCACUUGCGAGAGAAUGUACAUUCGAUAAGUCAAAGACAACGUUUAGAUAACUUAGAUCAAGCCAAUCAGGAACUUGAGAAUUUGAGAAAGAGUCUGGACAAAGCUCAAAGUGAACUCGCUGAGGCCGUUCAAGAGGCAGAAGUCUCUAAAGGUCGCAGAGAUUGGGCUUUCAGCGAACGGGAUAAAAUUGUUUUGGAACGUGAAAGUAUUAGAACCCUUUGUGAUAAUAUGAGGAAGGAACGUGACCGAGCCGUAUCUGAGCUUGCCGAAUCUCUACGCGAAUCUGAUGCUGUAAAAAAACAACGCAACGAAUUAGUUAAAGAAACCAAAUCCCUGAGAGAGGCUGUAGAACUACAUUUAGAAAGAGAAAGUAGAUUGCCAGCUCCAGAUUACCAACAGGAAUAUUCAAGAACGGAGGUUGUAGAACUGGAGUUAACGUCAGCUGAUGAAGAUGGACUGGAAUUUGCAAGUGGAAGAGAAUUGUCAGGUGACGGCUACGUGUAUGUAGCAUCUGUAGCUUCAGACUCGUCCGCUAAGGGCAAAUUAUUCCAGAAUGACAGGAUACUUAAAGUGAACGACAUAGAUUGCAGCCAAGGCUCUUUAAGAAUGGUCACGGAGGCCAUUAGAUCGAGUAUGCCGCUUGCGAGGCUAUUGGUUAAAAGAAAUAGAUGUGUGAGAAAUGAAGCUACAAGUGAUCAAGUCACCAAAUGGAUUCAUAGUGCAAGACUCGUACCGGGAUGUCAUGGUUUGUCAUUAAAAAUGGGUGUUUACAUUAAUAGAAUAAGUGAAGGAAGUUUGGCAGCUAGGGAUAAGAGUUUAACAGUUGGUGAUAGGGUUCUUCGAAUAAAUGAUAAAUCAAUGGAUGACAUCGAAAGUGCCCAUGAAGCAAUGCAAAUUUUAAACAGCGAUUCCAGUGUCGUCAUUAAUAUCACCACGCUAAAAAUGAGCUACCCGGAGUGUCCAAACGUUUUUACUCCCGUCCGAAGACACAAAAAAGAAAAUCGCAGUUCUCAAACUGAAGAAUGGUUGUUGCAUGACGCCAAAUAUAACGGCCAAGAGAAAAACAACAGCGGAGCCUGGUUGAAAGAGAAGUUAGAUAUGAUGAGAGGACCUUGGAGACAUCCCAAGGAAGAAAAGAAAAAGUAUACAAAUAGUUCACCCAAUCCUAUUGAUUAUGGACACGAGCAAGCCAUUGCUGAACUGGAUUUGGUAAUUGAUAGCUACCAUCCUGGUACUCUGAAACGAUCUGGAGUAGUAAAGAAGCAUUUUUCUCAAACAAAAGAGGACAAAAGUAAUGGAGGAACUUGGCCAAAAGCUAGAGCGGCACCAAUAAUCACACCCAACGGCGGUACCGUCGUUACGAGAACCAAAGAGCGACCUCCAUUAUCACUUUUAGCACCAAAAAAUAAUCAACUAGAGAACUACAAUUAUAGAAAUUCCACUCCAGUGCCUCUAUCUCUAAUAUCUCCGACUCCCGUUCAACCUAUAUACUCACGACACUCAGUGUAUAAAAGCGUCGAUAAUUCCCACCAGUUCGGCAUGGCGACUGAUUCUUUUGAGAGAUUGAAGUCCAGCAAUAAUAAUAAUAGGCUUAGUGUCAAUGUCAAUUCUGAUAACAGUUUGGAUUUUCCCGUUCAUAGAUUUGUUGACAAAGAAGUGAUGACUUACUGUAAGAAGAAUAAUAGAUCAUCAAUUUCUAAAUAUGGAUCUGAUUCUGAACGAGAUAGUAUAGUUGGAGCUCACCCAGAUAAGGGCCAAAUCUAUUCGCGGGGACACAGUCAAUUAUAUAUGUCGCCGCGUUUUCAUAUUCCUUACCAAACGCAUCACAUCCCUCAUCUGAAUCAGUCCAGGGAGAGUUUUAGUUUCGAACCGUUUCACCACAUCCAUAGUCCUUCAGUUGAUGUAGCUACUUCUCGAAGGCAGCCCGAUUUGUUGGAAUCUGGCGGGACGUUUCCUAGGAAAAACCAGAGGUUUCGUGUCCCCUCCAAUCCUAGUGUAACUAGCAAGGUUAGUACAGGCAGUAUUGAAAGAGGCAGCUCAGAACGAGGAAGUCCCAUGCCGAUUUUUCACGUAGAAGUCCUUAGUAGCCCAGGAGAUCACUCUGGCACCUUCACUUCCACCCCUAAAGAUUUCUGUCCUUGGGGUCACAAGCCAGUACCAGGCGAACUAAGGCGGGUCCACAUCGACAAAUCCAACGAACCCUUAGGCAUUCAAAUAAAUUGUCCCAAAACUGGCGGUAUAUUCGUUUCAACGGUAAACGAAAACAGCUUAGCCAGCAGAGUGGGUUUACAAAUUGGUGAUCAACUAUUAGAAGUAUGUGGGAUAAAUAUGAGAAAUGCAACUUACAAUUUGGCAGCGAACGUUCUCAGGCAGUGUGGUAACUCCAUUACCAUGUUGGUUCAGUACAGUCCGGAUAAGUAUCACGAACUCGGAGGCGAUACUGGCACUUGUUCUGGUUCAACUUCAGAAUCUGAAGAAGACGACGAAGAGGAGGCUGAUGCGGAAGCGACGCCUUGUAAUUCCCCGAAAGAAAUUAGGAAGAGUUCCUCUUUGCAAUUGAAACCGUCACAGUUGAUGGUGAUUCAAAGGCAGUCUCAGAAUGUAACCAGCAAUGGAAACUCUAGGAGCUCUAAAGAAGAUCCGAGAUAUCUAUGCAUAGAAACCUUGAAGACUUCUAAUCUGGGAAUAUCUUUGGUGGGUGGCAACGCUGCUGGAAUAUUUAUCCAUUCUGUUCAACCCGAAUCUCUGGCUUACCACGCCGGUUUGAGGACUGGUGAUCAGAUACUGGAAUAUAAUGGUAGCGAUCUUAGGGCAGCUACGGCUGAAGAAGCGGCUUACGAAUUAGCGAAACCCGCCGAUAAAGUCAGCGUUUUGGCUCAUUAUCGUAUAGAUAAAUACAAUGAGAUUAAAGACAAACCGGGUGAUAGCCUUUAUGUGAGAUGCGGUUUCGAUCGUAACGGCAACGAAAUGACGGAACCGCCGCAAUUAUCUUUCUCGAAAGACGAAGUGCUGUACGUCGAUAACACGAUGUUUAACGGAGUACCGGGCCAGUGGCGUGCUUGGAAAUUAGACGGAGAAGGCCAUCGUCAACAAUGCGGUGUUAUUCCGAGCAAAUAUAAAGUCGAGGAAGAAUUGCUUCUUAGACGAGGGGCAGGUGAUCCGUCAGAAAGUCGUUCUACAGCGACAGCAAGGCGCAGUUUUUUUAGAAGAAAAAAACAUCAGAGAGGUGGUAGCGGCAGUUCUGGUUUAGGUACUUCUCGUGAUUCGAAAGAGUUAGCUAGUUUUUGUAAUCUCUCUCCUGGCUGGUAUUCGGAUUCAGGUUCAUUACACGAGGACUUAUCCCAAUCGUCUUACCAACGAGUAGAACGUUUGCAAUAUCCCGAAUUCCGUCCUGUGAUCGUCCUCGGACCUUUAGCCGAAUGCGUAGCUGAUAAAUUGGUUCAAGAUUUUCCCGAUAAAUUUAACAAGGCUGCUUCGGAAUCCAGGCGAUGUUCUCAAGCUCAACUCGAUAGAGAACUGGCCGAAGGAUUGAUUCUUGAAUAUCGAAGAAGAGGGUCUUGUUACGAGUGCAUUACCAUUUCGGCUGUCAGAUCGGUUGCUCAAAGUCGCCUGCAUUGCAUGCUGGAUGGUUCCAUAACAAUGGUAGAACGUCUACAUCGACAUCACAUUUAUCCGGUGGUGUUGCUAAUAAAAUUUAAAAGUACGAAACAGAUACGAGAGGUAAAAGACGCGCGGUAUAGCAUCGAUAAGCUAUCCGGUAAAGCGGCGAAGGAGAUGUUUGAGCACGGACACAAAUUGGAACUAGAGUAUCGACAUUUGGUGAGCGCCGUCGUCUCGGCGGGCGCAAACGUUGCUCACAUUUGCGCUCAAGUCAAGGCAGCUGUCGACGCGGAACAUAGGAAGAGUCAGUGGAUUCCUACGGCAGCGCUGCAUUAA